AUGAUGCUUUUACAUCUUUAUCACUCACUCUUUGUGUUAGAGAUAUGUUUCUCAAUUAUAGUGUUGCUAUGUAAUCCAGUCUCUCUAAAGUCGGAUGCAUCACUUUUCCCGAGUGACUUCCUCUUUGGAACAUCCUCUUCAUCUUAUCAGUUUGAAGGAGCUUUCUUGAGUGAUGGCAAAGGCCUUAACAAUUGGGACGUAUUUACCCAUAAGCCUGGUAAUAUUAUGGAUGGAAGUAAUGGAGAUAUUGCUGUUGAUCAUUACCAUCGAUAUCUGGAAGAUUUGGAUCUCAUGAAUCACAUUGGAGUCAAUAGCUAUCGUUUCUCCAUUUCAUGGGCAAGAAUCCUACCCAAGGGAAGAUUUGGAAGUGUUAAUAAGGCUGGCAUCAAUUUUUAUAACAAGCUCAUAAACGCUCUUCUCCUUAAAGGAAUCCAACCCUUCGUGUCAUUGACUCAUUAUGACAUUCCUCAAGAACUUGAAAAUAGAUAUGAGGCGUGGCUAAGUCCCCAAGUGCAGGAAGAUUUCAAGUAUUAUGCAGAUAUAUGUUUCAAAUAUUUUGGAGACAGAGUGAAGUAUUGGACUACCUUCAAUGAACCUAAUGUUGUAGCAAUCCGUGGUUAUAGAUCAGGGAUUUACCCACCUUCUCGUUGUUCAAGCUCAUUUGGGAAUUGUAGUAGUGGGGAUUCUGAGAAAGAGCCUUUUAUUGCAGCUCACAACAUGAUCUUGUCACAUGCUGCUGCCGUUGAUAUUUACAGAACCAAAUACCAGAAACAACAAGGAGGAAGCAUUGGAAUUGUUAUGAACGCCAUCUGGUAUGAACCUAUCAGCAACUCCCUAAAAGACAAACAAGCAGCUGAGAGAACUCAAGCUUUCUACAUGAACUGGUUCUUAGAUCCAAUCAUAAUGGGUAAAUAUCCUGCAGAAAUGCAAGAAAUUCUAGCGUCCAAUUUGCCUGUAUUCUCAAAUCAUGAUCAGGAGAAGCUGAAGAGUGGACUGGAUUUUAUUGGUGUUAAUCACUAUACCUCUUUCUACAUAAGGGACUGCAUGUUUUCUGUGUGUGAACAAGGACCAGGAAGUUCUAAGACAGAAGGCUUCGCCUUAAGAACUGCAAAUAAGGAUGGGGUCCUCAUAGGUGAAUCGACUGCAGUUGACUGGCUAUAUGUUUAUCCUCAAGGAAUGGAUAAGAUAAUAACAUACAUAAAAGAGCGGUACAAUAACAUACCAAUGUUCAUUACAGAAAAUGGGUUUGGUGACAACGACAAGCGGGAUGGCCUGAUUGAAGAGUCCCUCAAUGAUGUCAAUAGAGUGGAAUACGUAAGUGUCUACUUGGAUGCCCUAGCAGCUGCUUUGAGGAAAGGAGCAGACGUACGAGGGUACUUUUUAUGGUCCUUGUUGGACAAUUUCGAAUGGACAUCAGGAUUUACAAUUAGGUUUGGCCUCCACCAUGUUGAUUAUACCACUCUCAAGAGAACCCCAAGAGGAUCGGCAAUUUGGUACAAACAGUUCAUUAGCAACCAUACUACUACCCACAAAAUUUUAAUGCCUAAACAUGAUCCAGGGAGUCAAAGACAAUAUUUCAAAACCAUCUAAUAUCUUGUUCAAAUGUCUAUUAAAGAUUAAAACUGGGCAGGGGAGUUCUACCUUGUUUGGAAUGGAUUCAUGGAACCAUUGCUGCGAAUUUGGUCUGUCUCUCCUUCAGGCUUUAGUGUUCUAAGUUUAAUGUCAUGUAAUUAGAAUUGCUCCACAACCAAUAAAAUGUUUAAGCACCAAAAAGUGACAUGACAUGAUGGA